AUGGAGGUAUAGGUUUAGGUACUUUAUUAUUUGAAAGAUUGUCGGAGGAUUAUUCAAAAUAAAUUAGAAUGGGAAUCAAUAUAUACACAUCUCCUAUAAAUGGAAAUGUUUUACUUGAACAUUAUAAUUCUAUUUUGGCACUUAAUAUUUACAAGAGUUUGCAGAUGUAUGCAUUCUUUAGUUAAUCAAACCAUUUAUGAAAUUUGUAAUAAAACUAUUAAUAUAAAAUUUCCUAAUUAGACCAUUUAAAUAAAUUUACAGCAUAAGUAUACUUGUCACAAACUGCUGCUUUAAGAUUUGAUCGAUAUCUAUAUUUAGAUAUCACAGAAUUUUCAACUAAUAUAGUUCUUCAUCCUCUACUUCUUCAUUUUAUAUUAUAUUUUUUUACUCUCCUAUUUUAUCAAGUUGGAAAAAUUGUUUUUAAUAACCAAAAACUAAUGA